GAGAGUUUUUGGUUAUGCGACGGCUCAAAAGUUUAAUUUCUGUCCUUUGCGUUGUAGUGGCAGGGCAAAACAGGACAGGGCAAUCCUUUCCUCUCUGCUAAACAGACCCCGGGCGACGAUACAUCUCCGGCGGUCAACGCCGGCUGAGUUCUUUUUUUUUUUUUUUAGAAGCCACCGGGAUAUGUGGCCGUCGGUCCAUUCAGCCACUAUCGAAAUACGCAGCCUUCUUUUUUUGCCCCCUUGGAAAGAGAACGCAUGGACGGGCAAAGUAGGCUGCGCUUACCGACAAUGUAGGGGCCAAGGACAGCCUGGCUGGGCUGUGCUUACAGCGCAAUGUGUUUGCCGAAGAAUGGCGUUUAAGGAAAAUGUAUAUGCAUCUGGAUGUGCCGUCCUGAUGCUGUCACUGCUUGUCCUGCCUGCAUCUGCUUCAUUCUCUUCACCCAAUCCUUUUUGAUCAUCAUGCUUGGUUCACAGAUUUGCCAGUUCAAGCUGAACACUGGCUCCAGCGCCACCAAAGAUGUGCUCAUCACCGUAUCGUGGGCGCUCAACACUGUCGUGGCCGAGCCCACGCAAUCCCUUCACAGAACUGUCGAUCUAGUUAUUGACGCUUCUACUCUGGAUGGAAUUACAUCUUGUCAAAGUGCGGCAAUUGUGGAUAAGAACGACGCUCCUUUACAAGAUGAAUUCACAUCUACGCUUAUCAACCACAUUCUGCGCCACCGAGUCCCUGGAUCUAGCGAAAUAAUCGUCAAGCUCAUCCUCCCCUCCAAAGAUGGCUUCUGUAUCCGCUCUGAUUUCCUAGAGCGCCGUCUCGACGGAUACCAGCACAUCUCCCACAUUCAGGGCUUCCUCAUGCCCAGGCAGGAGAUCAAGGCGCCUCGCUUCGAAAGCCAGAAUGGUGCUAAUGGCGUUACUUCUGCACUACGCCUGCACCACCUCCUGCAGCAUGUCACAGGCGCUAUCCACGUCCCAACCAUGCAGCGCCUGGGCGACCUAGAAAAAGAACUAGUCAAUAGACUCUCCUUUCCCUGGAUCUCGCCCGUUGCCAUCCCCGAGAAGCGCAUUGUUUGGGUCAAGGGCUACGAAGACCUUGAGAGCGGCCGACGUAUCUGGGAAGCCGCCUAUGCGCUGGGCAUCAAGGUCGUCAUUAUCGAUCAAGAGGGCUCAUGGGCGCAAAAGGACGACCCACGAUGGAACCAUUUGCGCGAAGCCUUCAUUCCCACAAGCAUUGCAGCCGAUGCGGGCUUUACGGACCGCAUUGUUGCUGCCGUCCGCAACUACGACAAGCCCGUGGACGCACUGGUCACAAUCUACAAUGCAGGCUGUGUAGCCAUUGCGCGCGCCUGCGAGAUUUUGGGCCUUUGGACCUCGCCACCCGAGUCCUUUAUCAUUGCCGGCGACAAGUACAAGUCGCGAGAGUUGGAGCUCGACAAUGGCGAGGCCUUCAAGGUCUCCAGCGUUGACGCCCUGUACGCGCGCCUCCAAUCCAAGGACCACGAGCCUGUAAAUUAUCCUCUCAUUGUCAAGCCUUGCAUGGGCUGGGGCAGCGAGUGUGUGGCCAAGGUCCAAAACGAAGAGCAGCUCGUCGAGGCUGUGGCGCGAGCUUCCGGACGGCACGAAGCCGGGCCCAACCCGCGCACUGACGUCAUGGUUGAGCCGUACAUUGACGGGCCCGAGGUGGACGCCAACUUUGUGCUAAUUGAUGGCGAAGUGGCCUUUUUCGAAAUGGCCGACGACUUCCCCAAGCUCGGCGACAAUGCCACAAAUCCCGCCGACGGCUCCUUUUUGGAGACUUCCAUGGUUCUGCCUACGGGUCUGUCUUCUGAGGAGAUUGAAGUCUCCAAGAACUCUGUACACCAAACCUUGCUGCGACAAGGAUUCCGCACGGGCGUCUACCACUGCGAGGGACGCAUUCGAUACUCGUCCAAGGCAUACGAUACGCGCGACGGCCUGACCAACUUGUACCCGAACGAUACGCACGACAGCCAGAAGAAGCCGUCCUUUUACUUGCACGAGGUUAAUGCCCGGCCUGGCGGCUACUUUGUCAGCAGCGCUACGAUGUUGACCUACGGCGUGGAUUACUACGGUAUUCAUAUCCUCAGCCAUCUCGGUGACUUGGACCGAGCCCGCGCCCUGAGCGUGCCCUACGCAGAUGGCGCGCAGUGGUGGCUUGAAGUGGUGGUGAUGCAUGAGGACAAGCCCGGCAUGAUGAAGACGGAGGACUCGGGUAAGCUGCUGCUGGAUACGUAUCCCGAUAUUCGCGCCGCCGUGGCCGAUUACAAGACGCACAGAAAGAAGGGCGAGAGACUGUAUGGUCCUACGGCGACGUUGUUUAGCUACCUGGCGUACUUUUCUGUAGUGAGCCGCGAGAGUAGGGAGGAUUGUUUGAGGAUGGCGCAAAAGGUGCGCGACAAGUUUACCUAUGAGAUUGAAUAGGCAGCAGUGUUAGAUUUUCCUUUUUUAGAUAUUGCCUGCAAUAGAGACGUUCACAGAUAAAACGA